UGUCUACAAUUCUGGAGUUUUCAUUAGCUCCAGGUUCAGCCCACCUUGCCACCAGCCUUCAACUGUUGAGGUAUAAAAGCCAACAAGGAAAACAGACAAUCAGCAGUCGCUUUAAGAAUCUGGCCUACAACACAAUACCAAGAAGAAAAUGAAAUUCGUGAUUUGCUUCAGUCUUUGUGUCGUCUUGGCUGCGGGUGUUCAAAUCGUCCCUAAAACUCUGACGCGCGAAAUCAAAGCGGACGUGCUUAGAGAUUUCCCUGGUGUUUGCUAUGCUUCCACGCAGUGCCGCACCUUUAAGGAGGGCGAAGAAUGGGAUCUCAAACCUUUCUGUGGAAAAUCCGUUUGCAUGAUGGGUGCUGACGGAAGUUUGAAGGAGCGCGUCAGUGAUUGCGGCCCCCCAGCUAAACCAAAUGAAGAGUGCAAAGUUUCCGCCAAUGCUACACUCGCCUAUCCUGACUGCUGUCCAGUUUAUGAUUGCGCACCUGGAGUUGAACUGGAAUUCCCUGAGAUUCCAGUUGUUUAAACAACUAAAUAAAUGACUAAAUAACGGAGUCGAUAGGCGUUAAGGUGCAUUUGUUUUCCUCUUCGCAUUCACUGCAUUUAUCUCCAUGAAAUCUGAGCUGGUCCUUCGUUUAUUGCUAAUACAUUUACAUUCGUGACACCACAAA